AUGAUGGAGACGGAGGACCAAUCAGAGCUCUGCUUUCCACAACUCAUCAACAUCUCCUGCAGGAAGCCAACAUCUCAUUGGUCUGAAGGUGUUCUUUUGACUGUUCUACUCGCCAUCAUCAGCGUCGUCACUGUGGUUCUCAACCUGCUGGUCAUCAUCUCCAUCUCCCAUUUCAGGCAGCUUCGUACUCCAACCAACCUCCUCCUGCUCUCUCUUGCUGUCUCUGACUGUCUGGUGGGCCUCCUGGUGAUGCCGGGCGAAAUCCUGCGUCAAACAUCCUGUUGGACUCUCGGUGAUGUUGUAUGCUUGUUGUAUAACUAUAUGUCUUACUUUGUGACGUCCGUGUCAGUAGGAAACAUGGUGCUGAUAUCAGCUGACCGUUAUGUGGCUAUUUGUGAUCCUCUGCAUUAUAACACCAAAGUCACUGUGAAAAGGGUUCAGCUUUGUGUUUGUCUCUGUUGGUUCCUUGCGCUCCUCUACUGUAGCAUCAUCUUGAAGGAUCAACUCACUCAUCCCGGGAAGUAUAAAUCCUGCUAUGGAGAGUGUACUGCUGUUAUUGACUACUACGCAGGAGUUGUUGAUGUCGUUGUGACCUUCAUACUUCCUCUCAGCGUCAUCAUCGCUUUGUACAUGAGAGUGUUUGUGGUUGCUGUGUCUCAGGCCCGAGCCAUGCGUUCUCAUGUUACAUCAGUCAAACUACAACAUCCAGUCUCUGUCAGAGCAAAGAAGUCAGAGAUGAAAGCAGCCAGGACUCUUGGUGUCCUGGUCCUCGUCUUUCUUCUGUGUUUCUGUCCAUAUUACAUUGUUACUCUUAUGGGUGGGUCAUUUGCUUCGUAUCUAAUGUUUGUGCUUAAUGUUUUCUAUUUCAACUCCUGUUUAAACCCGUUGAUCUAUGCCUUGUUCUAUCCCUGGUUUAGAAGAGCUGUUAGACACAUUGUCACGCUGCACAUACUGCAGCCUGGCUCCUGGGGGGACAACAUACUGUAG